AUGUCAUCCAGAGGCUUAAGAAAAUUGAAGAAAGAUUUCGAGAACCCUGUGGAUGAAAAUGACGACAGUAAUAGUGACUCUGUUGCCAAAGGGUCUAUUUUUACCCACUUCAUAAAUUCUUUUUCUUCCCAACAGCUUAAAAUCCCUUCAUCGGAUGAAUACGUUAUUGAUAACAAUGAGCCAGUUAAGUCUAAAAGGCGGAGAAAGCGAAGAAACAAGCAAAAGGAGAAGUCUGUAGAUCUUGUUAACGGCGUGGACAGUCUUAAACUUCAGAGUGAACCAGAGGCGACUGACCAGACUAAACAAGUGGUAGAUUUGCUCAAAGUAAACAUAAAAAUCUUGGAUCAUGUUGCUGAACUCAGUCGUAUAUUCGGAUCAGCAGUUAUCGGGGAACAUAGAGUAUCUUUACGAAGUAAACGAAGUCAUGCUAAACGGGGUGCUCUUGUAUUGAUAAAAUCCACUUGGCCGCCUGUUGUACGACUUGGCCUAAGUAUGGAACCUUUGGGUGGUGGCUUAUAUACAUUCGUACACAAUAAAGAAUAUCAAAUGUUCAGAAGUCUUUUUACAGUGCUUUAG